AUGGCUCUGCGGGAAAGUACCAAGCUAGGAGAAGCCACCGGGAGCGUGAUGACGGCAGGGGCGGGGGGCCAAGGCGUGCAGAGGAUGGGGCCAGUCCCUCUUCUUCGUGAUGCACUUCCUGCCACCGAGGAUUCCCUUUGUGUUGAGAUUCCAGAUCCGCCCGCCACACGCGUGGGCGGGAGGACCCGGGAUUCCCGGGGGGGAGGGGGUGGCCACCUCGUGAGGCUCAGGCCGGCUGUCCUUUAUUCUUCCGGCUGCUGCUGCUGGCCAGCGGUGCCCCCUCCCUCCCCCGCCCCUCACCCUGGCCCAAGCUUAGGUCUGGAGCUAGCUCCUGGUAGGGAAACCCCUACUUGCCCCCACCACCACCACGCAGAUGAGCUCUGCUGCCUCCCUCCUGGGCGGAGCCAGGAAGAGAGAAGGGGGAGUCCCUGCUUCUGCUUCAGUGGUUCCUGGUGCCCCAGAAAGCCAGGCUGCGGCUGCCUAUGGAAGAGUGGGAAGUGGCGUGACGCUCAGCACGAAAUUUAUGUGUGCUAUUCUCCUAUUCACAGAUGCUACAGACAGGACAGCUGGAUGUCCCAUCUCACCUGUCUGCACCAGGAGCACAGCUUCCUGACCUCGUUGCUUCCAGCAUCCAGCUGUGGCUAUGUUGUCACUCUGCCUCUCACAUCUGUCACCUUUGUUAGACUCCAAGGAGCCUGGCAUUCUGCAUCUUGAUUAUAAAUAUGCCCCAAAUCCUU